AUGGCUACCUUCACCAACAUGUCCGAGUCUGACUUGAUCCUAUCCAAGAAGUUCACAGUGUGCCCCACGCACGUCGAGAUCGAUAUAAAUAAGCGGAUCUACAAGAUGGGCCCACACCUCCGAUGCAUCGCAUUCGGGAAUGGGGACGUAGAGCUCAUCUCAGAGAAUAACCCUGUGGACGCAGAGAGCAAUGACAUGAAUGACUCGAAUGACGUGCUACUGUCAGUCACCUUUGACGAUAGCUGUUCACCGCCCCUCGCGACGUUCACCUUCAAGCAAGACAUCGGUCACCUGAUUGCUCACUUGCCCGCAGGACAUGAGCUACUGGUCGAAGUCAAUGUGAUGAAGGAUGAUGUGACAGUAUUGGUCAAGCGUGUUCCAGAGCAUGCCGGUAUUGGUGACGGUCAUACUGAAGGCUCCUCGGUCCCCGGUGACGUUCGGCUUCCCUCGGCUACCACCGACCCAACCUAUGGCGUUCUGAAUAUGGGGAGGAAACAUGAGAUUGCUAUUGAUUGGAAGACCUUCCAAGAUCAGCUUUCGUCUUGA